GCGGCUGCUCCAAUCCCUGGAAAAGGCGAGCGAGCGCCCUCCGGCCGGCGGUGCGCACCCCGCUCCGUGCCCCACGCAGCGCUAGUCCCGGUCCCCAGCGCUGCGCUUCCGACGGGUGUGCCCCAAAAUAAAGCGGGGAGAGAGGGUAGAGACAGAUCCUGAAAACACCCCGGCCACACACGCCGCGACUUAAGCUCUUUCUCAGCGUCGGAGUGAAGACGGCGCCGGCAGCGCCCCGCGCCUGUGAGAUCCGCGCCGCCGCCGGGGAGAGCCCACCUGCCGGUCCGCCACCCGCCAGUGCAAAAAGAGGGGCUUGUCGCUGUCCUGCUCAGGCAGUGUCCGGAGCUCCGGGCGCUCUUGCCCCAGCUAGUUUGGCGGUCAGCCCUUAGCUCGCCCCGGCCCCUUGCGCCUUCCGAGUGUCCCCCUGCGGCGCAGGGAGCGGACGCGCCGCCGGGACCUCGCGAUGGCAGGGGCGCGCAGGCUGCUCUGCCUGUGGCUGGGCUGCUUCUGCGUGAGCCUGGCGCAGGGAGAGAGGCCGAAGCAGCGUUUGCCGGAGCUCAGCAAGACUGUGCCAAGCGACCGCUCAGCAGGUGGGGGCCCGAGCCCCGUGUUGCGGCCACACGACAAGGUGUCGGAGCACAUGCUGCGGCUCUAUGACAGGUACAGCGGCGGCGGCAGGGCCGAGGCGGCGCGGACACCCGGGUCCUCUGAGCGGGGCGCGCAGCGUCUGCGCCCCCAGCCCCUGCGCGAAGGCAACACGGUUCGCAGCUUUCGAGCCGGAGCAGCAGGAACCCUUGCAAGCAAGGGACUGCAUAUUUUUAACCUGACUUCUUUAACCAAGUCUGAAAACAUUUUAUCUGCUACACUGUAUUUCCAUGUUGGAGAGCUGAUAAACAUCAGCCUGAGUUGCCCAGGGUCAAGAGGAUGUUCACAUCCUGCUCAGAGGAAACAUAUUCAGAUUGAUCUUUCUGCCUGGAUCCUCAAAUCCAACAGGAACCAAAGUCAACUCCUGGGUCAUCUUUCAGCCGAUGUUGCCAAAUCUCAUCGAGACAUUGUAUCUUGGCUGUCUAAAGACAUCACUCAACUCUUGAGGAAGGCCAAGGAAAGUGAGGAGUUCCUCAUAGGAUUUAACAUAACCUCCAAAGGACACCAGCUGCCAAAGAAGAUGUCAUCCUUUCCUGAACCUUAUAUCUUGGUAUAUGCCAAUGAUGCUGCCAUUUCUGAACCAGAGAGUGUGGUAUCAAGCUUACAGGGUCACCGAAAUUUUCCCACUGGCACUGUGCCCAAAUUGGAUAGCCAUAUUAGGGCUGCCCUUUCUAUUCAACGGAGGAAGAAGCGUUCUACUGGGGUCCUGCUGCCUCUGCAGAACAAUGAGCUUCCUGGGGCAGAAUAUCAAUAUAAGGAGGAUGGAGUAUGGGAGGAAAGAAAGCCAUAUAAGACUCUUCAGACUCAGGCCCCUGAGAAGAGUAAGAAUAAGAAGAAACAGAGGAAGGGACCUCACCAGAAGAGCCAGACCCUCCAGUUUGACGAACAGACACUGAAGAAGGCAAGAAGAAAGCAAUGGAUUGAACCUCGGAAUUGUGCCAGGCGAUACCUUAAGGUGGACUUUGCGGAUAUUGGCUGGAGUGAAUGGAUUAUCUCCCCCAAGUCCUUUGAUGCCUAUUAUUGUUCAGGAGCAUGCCAGUUCCCCAUGCCAAAGUCUUUGAAGCCGUCAAACCAUGCUACCAUCCAGAGUAUAGUGAGAGCGGUGGGGGUCGUUCCUGGAAUUCCUGAGCCUUGCUGCGUGCCGGAAAAGAUGUCCUCGCUCAGUAUCUUAUUCUUCGAUGAAAAUAAGAACGUGGUCCUUAAAGUCUAUCCUAACAUGACAGUAGAGUCUUGCGCUUGCAGAUAACUUGGCAAUGAACUCGUUUGAAUGCCUAAUUUCAAUCAGUUU